UGAGCUGUAUGUACUCAAAAUCACAUUUUGUAAAUUAAAGACUCUGUAUUGCUCGAUCUGAGUGUUGUUUGCCACUUUUCUAUUAUAGUUUUGUUAAUUCUUAUUAUCUCUUUGCAAUUUUUUUUUUUUUUGUGUUCAUCCUUCUUUCCUUAAUUCUUUCAAAGUUCAAAUAUCAUGGCUGAAUUUGUUGGUGGAGCACUUCUCUCUGCUUUCCUUGAUCCGUUGGUUCAAAAGUUGGGUUCGGAGGUGAAGGAGUUCUUCAAAGGAAAAGAUGGGAUUCUGAAGCUGGUGAAAGAAUUGAAAAUUAUGAUGUCCUCGGCUGAUCUACUUCUGAUUGAUGCUGAAGAGAAGCUCAUCAAAGACCAAGCGGUGAGGAAAUGGCUUGAUGAUCUCAAGGACACCAUUUAUGACGCAGAUGAUUUGGUUUACAUGAUCGAAACUGAAGCAUUGGAAAAGAAACUAGAAGGAGAAUCUCAAAGCAGCUACGCUUGCUGUAAGGUACUCAUGAAACUCAUCCCAACUCCUUUUACUACUUUUGAUAAGGCAAUACAACCACAAAUAGAAGAGAUUCUUGAAAAAUUGAAACUUCAUCUAGAGAAUAAAGAUCCUUGUUUGAAACGUAUAGAAAAACAAAAACAUCCAGAAAGAGUAUGUGCUCCAUUGCUGGAAGAAUCUGAUGUUUAUGGAAGGGAUGUUGAGAAAGAAGUUAUUAUUAAGUUGCUGCUAUCGAAUGACACGAUAGAUAAUGGUGACAAGUUGUCUGUCAUUCCCAUAGUGGGAAUGGGUGGUAUUGGAAAGACUACUCUUGCUCAACUUGCAUACAACGAUGAUAGAGUCAAUAAAUGGUUUGAUACCAAAGUCUGGGUUACUGUGGGAGACGAUGAAAUGGUAAAUAGUUCAAAAGUGAUGAAAACAAUUAUCCGAAAGGUGACCCAUAAUUCUAACAAAUGUGAAAUUGAUGAAGAGCAGUUUGAGUUGUUAAAUGAAGUUAAGAAAGUUUUGACUGGAAAGAAGUUUUUCAUUGUUCUUGAUGAUGUUUGGGAUGAUGAUCGUAAUGGAUGGGAGGUCAUCAAAAGUAGUUUUGUAUCAGGGUUUCGUGGAAGCAAGAUCCUUGUGACAACACGUAGCAAUAGGGUUGCUUCAAUUAUGGAAACUGAGCCAGCACAUUACCUAAAGGUAAUAUCUUUCAAAGACGGUUGGCGAUUAUUUGCCAAAUGUGCUGGAAUUGACGUGGUCAACUCAGAUGAGUACUCAGAUCUCCAAGUAAUUGGUAAAAAAAUUGUUGGCAGCUGCAAGGGUCUUCCUUUAGCAAUAAAAUCACUUGGUGGUCUUCUUCGCAGUAAGCCAAAUAAAGAGGAUUGGGAUGAAACACUGAACAGUGAUAUAUGGGGGUUGUAUGAUAAUAAUAGCAUUGCAAUUCUUCCAGCUUUAUGGUUGAGUUACUUUUAUUUACCUGGGCAUUUAAAGCCAUGCUUCACUUAUUUUGCUACAUUUCCCAAAGAUUAUGAAUUUGAUAAAAAAGACAUAAUUUUACUGUGGAUGGCUGAGGGUCUUUUACAUCCUCAGAAAGAGAAGAGAAUUGAAGAAGUUGGAGAGGAGUACUUCGAAGAUCUAAUCUCAAGAUCAUUUUUCCAGCCAUUAUCAAAUCGUAAGAAGUCGGUUUUUCACAUGCAUGAUCUUAUACACGAUUUGGCAAGGUUUGUCUCUGGUGAGUUUUGUUUGGGGGUGGAUACAAAAUUAUCUACUUGCACACACAAAAUUCGUCAUUUUUCAUACAAGCUAGAUUGUCAAAAAGAUUAUGAGCCUAAGGUAUUUGAGGAGUUAUCUGAGGCUAGGUGCCUUCGCACCUUCUUAUGGCACCAAAAACUAGAACCUAAUCAAGUAUGGUGGUCGAAGAUAGAGCACUUGCCUGAAUCAUUCCCACGGCUACGGGUAUUACUUAUAAGGAAUGGAUUAGGGUUUAAAAAGUCGUAUGUAUUGACCAAGUUUCCCGAUUCAAUAGGCAAUUUGAAGUAUUUAAGAUAUUUGAAGCUAGAUUGCCCUUUUAUUGAAGAAAUACCUAAUACAAUUUGUUAUUUGUACAAUUUGGAGAUACUAUUGUUGGAGGGAUGUACUUCAGUUAUUCAACUUCCAACUAAUAUAGGAAAUUUAACCAAGUUGCGACAUCUUUGUGUUCCCUUUUCAUUAGAAGCGAUGCCAUUGCAGUUUGGUAAGCUAAAAAAUCUACAGGAACUAAAUACAUUUAUUGUGGGACCAAAAAAAGCUUGUGGCAUUGAUUUGUUGAAGGAGCUUGAAGAUCUUCAUGGGAGUCUUUGUCUAAAGGGACUACAAAAUGUUAGUGGAAUUGAGGAAGUUUCGGGUGCAAUAUUGAAGAGUAAAAAGUUUCUUGGUUUGCUAUGUUUGGAAUGGAGUUAUGGUCAUGAACCUGGUGACUUGCACAAAGAAAGAGUAUUACUAGGUGCCCUCGAACCUCAUCCAAAUCUAAAGGAAGUUAAGCUCCAACACUACAAAGGCAGUGGUUUCCCUCAUUGGAUUGGAGAUCACUCGUUCUCUAAUUUAGCAAGGGUAGAGUUGGCAAGUUGUUAUAAUUGUACCUUCUUGCCACCGUUAGGACAACUACCUUCUCUCAAAGACCUUGUCAUUACGAGUUUGAAAUGUGUAGUGAAAAUCGACUCGGAGUUUUACUACUCUACUGCUGCAACAGAGACAAAGCCGUUUUUUAGAUCUUUGGAGAGCUUGACAUUUGAGUUUAUGGAAGAGCUCCAAGAGUGGUCAUUUAUCGAAGGUGGAGUUUUUCCUCUUCUUAAGAAGCUUCGUUUUUUCAGGUGCUAUAAACUCAAAGUGUCAUUAUUACCUAAUUAUUUUCCGUCAUUGAGAGAGCUUGUAAUAGCUAGUUGUGAGCAACUAAUGCCUUUACUCCCAAGAGCUCAACCACCCGUGCACGCCCCAUUUCCAUCUCUUGAGAUUUUGGAAAUAUCUUAUUGCGAUGGGCAGGAGUUGCUUCUAGAAGGGGAGUUACCUUUGAGUUUAAAGAAAAUGAUGAUUUUAGGUUGUAGAAACCUCAAAGACUUGGAUGACGAGGCCUUUCAACACCUCACCUCCCUUGAGAAGUUGGAAAUUGUAGACUGUCAUAACCUCAGAUGCUUGCCAAAUGAAAUGCCCAUUUCUCUUUUUGAUCUGAGCAUUCACUACUGUAAAUUGCUAACAUCACGAGUCCAGAGGGAGACUGGGGAGGACUGGCCAAUUAUUGCUCACAUUCCUAAUAUAUCUAUUAAGGCUUAAAUGAUGACAGUGUCAUCGAAUUCCAAGUCUCUGUAAUUUUCCACACCAACAGGGCUCCACUUUAAGCCCUACCAGUAGAGCUCUCAGUGUUUUUCGACCUGUGAAUAGUUUUCGGCACGAUUUUUUUUUUAUGACAGUGUAUAUUGUAGCUAUUUAGAGCAUUCUGCAAAUUUUCAGAAAAUUCUGAAUGAUUUACAGUACCGAAAACUAGAUUCAAAUAUGUUGUUUUCCACACGCAUAACAAAAAUUAGUCACGCGUGCAACAACAUGUUUAAACCUAAUUUUGCAGGAUGCUCUAAAUAGCUACAAUAUGCACGAUCAUACCCUACCGGUAGAGCUUAAAAUGAAUCCUUAUAGGAGAAUUUCCAUAUAUAUAUAUAUAUUGACGAUAUAUAGCUUGACUCUAAGUUUUUUUUUGGUUGUGUGGAUUGGUAUAGGUAAUCUAAAGAAGUUAGCACACUUGACUUCACCUGAUAGAGUUAAGGAAAGACUUCAUUUGGAUAAGGCAGAUUUAUUAGAAGGAAGGAUCCAUUGACUUAAUAUUGAUGGAUAUGAAGGUGCUUUCAAUGUCCUGUACUUUUUUCAGCCCUGUCGCAAAUGGUUUUCUUUUUACUGUUAGUGUAUUCCAAAUAGCUGCAAACAUUACUAUACUAGUGGAAUUCACAAGUGUUUCGAUGGAAA